AUGGGUUGCUGUGUUAGCACUACCACCAGCUCAGCCACUCCAAAUUCUCCCAUUUCCAAACCCAUAAGUAUCAGAAAAUGCUCCAGGAAAUCUCCACCAUCCGCACAGCCAUUGUUAGAAGAAGAAACAGUUAAAGAAGUCCUUUCUGAAACUCCCAUCAUUCCCAAACAACCAUCACCCAGCAUUAGAAAAACUCAAGAGAAUCACCGAAAGGAAACUCAAACUGCAUUUAUAAAGGCUGAUCUUUUAACAUCAGAUUUCUCCAAGGCCGUAUAUAUGAAACAGCAAAACGAAACCGUUUUGAAGAAGCCUUAUAUGGUAUUCAACAACGACGAGGUAUCGGAAGAGGGUCUCAUUGAGGGUGCAAGUUUUUCAACAGAAUUUACAGAAAAGAGAGAGAACAUUAAUGAUAGUGUUGAACAUGUGAAAGAGGUCCGCCAGAAGUCAACGGAGAAGCUCAAGAACCGGUCGUUUUCUGGCGAAGUAAAGCAGGAUAGAGCAGUGAAGAAAUCUCCGUUGAGAAUGCCCGAGUCAUCACCAGUUCGAGUCGGAUCGGGGAGGGAGAGUCAAGCGGUUUAUGGGAGGAAAAAGGACAGUGGCGAAAGGUCUGGAAGAAGGUCAAGAUCGCCGGUGCCAAGGACGGAUAGUGGUUCGGCCAAAAGAGGUUUGGAUCGGAGCCAUUCGUCGAGAAGGAUCGGGAAGUCUCCGGGUCGAGUCGGGUCUGGAUUGAGCGACAGGCACCGAAAACUUUGGGAAGAUAACAAAGACAGCAAGCUGCCACCGACAAGUAAUGAAUCGCUUGAAAACCCACUUGUGUCCUUGGAAUGUUUUAUCUUUCUUUAG